GCAGCAAACGUGGGGUUUCUCCUUUCUCUCUAGUUGGAAAGUUUUUUUAAUGGAGAGAUUUUGUAUUCAAACCCAAACUUUGCUAUCGUUUCUUCUUGUUUUGCUUCUCUUCAUCUCCAGGUCUUUUGCUUCUACUAAAAACGACGACGUUGAUGGAGGUAAACGGGUUCAGAUCCGGGUCGGGUUGGUUUUGGAUUUGGGUUCCUUGAAAGGGAAGAUAGUGAAAAACUCUGUUUCCAUGGCUCUUUCCUAUUUCUACGCUAUUCAUAAUGAUUACAAAACAAGAGUCUCUGUUUCACUCAGAAACUCUCAUGGAGAGCCUCUUCUUGCUCUUGCUUCUGCUGUAGAUCUUCUGAAAACUGAAGGAGUAGAAGCGAUUAUUGGCGGGAACUCGUUGUUAGAAGCGAAGCUUUUAGGGGAACUUGGAGAGAAAGCUAGGGUUCCUAUGAUUUCACUUGACUCUCCGUUUUCAUUGUCAUUAAGCAAAUACACUCACUUGAUCCAAGCCACACAUGAUUCUACCUCUGAGGCAAAGGGGAUUACAUCUUUUAUUAAUGUGUUUGAUUGGAACAGUGUUGCUCUUGUUUAUGAAGAUCAUGAUGACUGGAGAGAGAGUAUGCAACUUUUGGUGGAGCAUUUUCAUGAGAACGGUGUUCGUGUACAGUCCAAGGUUGGUUUUACUGUCUCUUCUAGUGAGGAUUUUGUGAUGGGUCGGUUACAGCAGCUGAAGGACUUGGGGACUACUGUCUUUGUUGUUCACUUGUCUGAAGUUAUUGCAACUCAUUUAUUCCCAUGUGCUCGGAGAUUAGGGUUGAUGGGUGAUGGGUUUGUUUGGAUCCUGACUGCUAAAACUAUGAACAGCUUCCAUGAGAACAUUGAUGAUUUCACAAAGCAGGCAAUGGAAGGUGUGGUUGGUUUCAAGUCUUACAUUCCAAUGUCUAUAGAGCUUCAAAAUUUCACUUUGAGAUGGAGAAAAUCAUUGCCUGUUGAAGAAGCGGAGCUAACUCGGUUGAGUAUCUCUGGCAUAUGGGCUCACGAUAUCGCUUUUGCUCUGGCGAGAGCAGCAGAAGUUAUAAGGAUGCCAAAUGUGACAUCAACUCUCCUUGAGGAAAUCACAAAGACUAGGUUUAACGGUUUGAGUGGUGAUUUCCAACUAAAUGAUAAGAAGUUGUUAUCAAACAAGUUUGAGAUUAUCAAUAUGAUAGGAUCAAGUGAGAGAAGAGUAGGAUUCUUGAACUCUAACGGUAGUUUUAGUAAUAGAAGACAUUUAUCUUCUACUCAUAACAAGCUUGAGACCAUAAUCUGGCCAGGUGGGUCUGCUCAAAGUCCGAAAGGGACUAGUCUAAUAGAUAGCGAUAGAAAAAAGCUGAGGGUCUUGGUUACAUCUAGCAAUAGAUUCCCAAGACUGAUGAAAGUGGAGACUGAUCCAGUAACAAAUGAAUUAAUUGUUGAAGGGUUCUGUAUAGAAGUCUUUCGCGCUUCGAUUAGUCCUUUCAACUAUGAAGUUGAGUAUAUACCUUGGCUCAAUGGAAGUAACUACGACAAUCUUGCAUAUGCACUUCAUAGCCAGAAAGACAAAUAUGAUGCGGCCGUGGGAGAUAUUACAAUCACUUCGAAUAGAUCGACGUAUGUUGACUUUACGUUGCCAUUCACUGAAAUGGGUCUUGGAAUUGUAGCAGUAAAAGAGAGAAGUAUGUGGGUGUUCUUCCAACCUUUAACACCAGAUCUUUGGAUAACAAGUGCAUUUUUUUUUGUCUUGACCGGAGUUAUAGUUUGGUUGAUAGAAAGAGCUGAGAACAAAGAGUUCCAAGGAUCUUGGCCACAACAGAUUGGAGUUGUGCUUUGGUUUGGCUUCUCUACCCUUGUCUAUGCUCAUAGGGAAAAGCUAAAACACAACUUAUCAAGAUUUGUUGUUACAGUUUGGGUAUUUGCAGUGCUCAUACUGACUGCAAGUUACACUGCAACAUUGACAUCAAUGAUGACGGUACAACAGAUACGAUUUAACUCCAACGAAGACUACGUGGGUCACCUUUCCGGCUCCCUCAUUGCAAAUGUGGCUCUCACUAGUUCCAGCCUCCGAGCAAUGAGAUCAUUGGGUCUUAAUAGUGCUGCAGAUUAUGCUCAAGCCUUGUUGAACAAGACUGUUUCAUUUGUUGUUGAUGAGUUGCCAUACCUCAAAGUUGUCCUUGGCGAGAAUCCAACACAUUUUUUCAUGGUCAAGACACAAUCUACCACCAACGGUUUCGGCUUUGUAUGUAUCCUUCUUCUUCAUCGUCAUAAGCUUCUUUACUCUUUCUUUACUUUUGACUUGCUGACAUAAGAACAUGUUUGGUUUGUUAUUGUUAUACUAUGUUUUAGAUGUUUCAAAAGGGCUUCGAGUUGGUGCCUAAUGUGUCCCGAGAAAUCUCAAAGCUAAGGACGAGCGAGAAGCUAAAUGAGAUGGAGAAAAGAUGGUUUGAUAAUCAACUUCCAUACACAACCGAUGAUACAUCAAAUCCUAUUACUCUUUACAGAUUCCGCGGUUUGUUUAUAAUCAUCGGUGUUUCAUUCGCUUUCGCUCUUGCGGUACUUGUCAUUCUCUGUCUCCGCGACAAAUGGGAAAUUCUUGUGGACAAUCUAGACCUCUCACAACGACUUAGACAUUUCAGGAUCCACUUUGUAAGAUCUAUACAUACUAGUCCCCUUGAUGACCCCAUUGGCGAAACUGCGGUUCAAAUGGCUCAACAAAAUAGACAAUAGGAACUGAUUAGGGUUAGAUCAAAAGGUCCACAAACAAUCUUUACUUGUAAAUGACUUACAUAUCAAAGUAUAAAUGCUGUUUAGACCAAAUCCUUGCUUGUAAAUUGUAUGAUCAAAUUCAAAACCACCUUUAUAUAGUUGGUUCAUA